CAUAAAUGGAAGGUCACAUUUAUUGUUUCUUUUUUCUCCAGGGUGCUUCCUAGAUAAUGGCUCAUGAUAAUGGAUAAUGAACAACCCCAUCAGGAGCUGGUGAAAUGUGUGGUGGUGGGAGACACUGCUGUGGGCAAGACACGUCUCAUCUGUGCUCGGGCAUGCAACAAACAUGUCUCACUGUCUCAGCUUCUAACAACCCACGUACCAACAGUCUGGGCCAUAGACCAGUACCGUAUUUACAAGGAUGUAUUGGAGCGUUCAUGGGAGGUGGUUGAUGGCGUGAAUGUUUCAUUGCGGUUGUGGGACACAUUUGGUGAUCAUGAGAAGGAUAGACGAUUUGCAUAUGGCAGGUCAGAUGUUGUACUUCUGUGCUUCUCCAUUACAAACCCUGUGUCUUUGCGGAACUGCAAGGUAAUGUGGUACCCAGAGAUCAGGCGAUUUUGUCCGCAGACUCCUGUUCUACUAGUUGGUUGUAAGAAUGAUCUGCGUUAUAUGUACCGGGAUGAGACCUACCUCAGCUUCUUCCGUGAUCGCAGCCCUUUUGUUAGGCCAACACGGAAAAGUGAUCUGGUGAUGCCAGACCAAGCACGUGCCAUUGCCAAGGAAUUGGGUGUAUACUACUACGAAACCAGUGUGCUCACAUACUACGGUGUGAAUGAGGUGUUUGAAAAUGCCAUUCGCGCAGCCCUUAUUGCCAGACGACAGCAGAGGUUCUGGAUGACUAAUCUCAAGAAGGUUCAGCGACCUCUGCUUCAGGCUCCUUUCCGGCCACCAAUGCCUCCAAAUCCGGAGCUUCACGUAGCUGCGAGUACGUAUACUGAGAAUGUGCAGGCGUUAUGGCUGCAACAAGCAUAUGCAGACGUAAUACUAGUGGCCGGCAGUGUUGGCUUCUCAGCUCACAGGUUUAUCUUGGCAGCAGCAUCACCAGCAUUCCAUCGCUUGCUAAUGAUGGACUUGAGCAAUGAACUUGGGGCCCGAAGCUCCAGUGAGUCGAGUAUGGUAAGCACUUUUGGUGAAGCAACCAUGGGAGACUUCAAUGAUGACACAGAGUAUCUAAUAAGACAAUCCGACAAUUAUUUCAAACCUUCCAGGGUAUGGGAGCAACUGAAGAGGAGGUCAAGUUGCCAGGUGUUGUCAACUGACUCAAAACAGCGGCUUGGUGUAUCUCGAGAACUAAAUCAUCCAGCUUUCCAAGCAAUUCGUGUUGAGCAGUGUGAUAGUGUUGAAUGUACGACACAGCGGGGUCGGUCCAAUAACUCCAUGCAGACAGUGGUAACUCUGUCCAAGCUGGUCACACCACAGGCCAUGCAGCAAUGUCUGCAGUUCCUGUAUACAGGGACAAUAGACAGUCGGUUCUGUGAGCUGCAGGAGAUAAGGCAGGCUGCAGAGUUCCUUGACCUUCCAGAGCUUCUGGUUUUUGUGAGCAAUAUUCAGGCUCAUGAAGAGUUCUUGAACACAGAUCUCAAGCAGCAGUACCGCAAGGCAGUGAGGCAGCGACUGCAAGAUAUGUGCCUGGGACAGGGACUGUUCUCUGAUAUAGUGUUCCAGUUGGACGAUGGGUCAUUUGCAGCCCAUCGGCCCAUGCUAAUGGCUCGCUGUGACAUGAUGAAAGCCAUGUUUUCUGGAGACUUCAGGGAAAGCAGUGCUAAAGUUAUUCUCUUCCCAGGUGUUCAUGAAGACACAUUCCACAAGCUGCUAGUAUACUUGUACACUGAUGAUGUUCCUGCCAUCUCUCCUGCUCGUUGCUUGGACCUGCUUGAGUUGGGCAACCGCUUGUGUCUGCCCCGUCUGGGUUCAGAUGGUGCUGAUGUGGUGGUGGAGCAUUGUUUAAGACUACUGGAGCCAUGCAAGUUGCACAAUGCUGAUCAGCUGGCAGAUUGGUGCAUGAGUCACCUCUGCACAAACUACAACAAGCUGUGCAAGAUGUCACCAAAACUUCUUAGAAGUCUUCAUCCUGAAAAUCAGGACUACCUCAGUGAACAUCGCUGGCCUCCAGUGUGGUACUUGAAGGACUAUGACUACUACCAGAAAUGUGUUCUUGAACGGGAGCGAGAGGAAAAACCUUCACUGAAACGUGGCCGGCACAACUCAGGGUGCCUUUGCUUUACGGGGGGGAAGUCUCGGAGAGAGGAACGAGGUACUUUGCUGGGUGGGAGCAGCAGUGGUGGCACCACUAUUCCUGGAAACAGUUCUGGUGGAGUUGGUGAGGGUGGUGGAGCAGGAACUGUAUGACAACGCUGCACGGGGCAUCGUAGUGCCGGCCCACUUGCACUUGUGCUGCUGGUCGCGGUGCUCACCGGGUUAGUUGGUGCAGCCACCCUCAUGCUGCAGUUCCUAGCUGCGUGAUGGAAACCACUGCCUGCUGCUACCCUCUCCUUUCAUUGUGCAUGUCUUAUCGGUAGCAGUGAUCAAACAUGUCUCAUUUAUACAUCGGUAAUGCUGGUGACAACUGUUUUACAUUACAAAAUGUUAGCAUUUCUUUGCUGAACAUAGGGCAGUUUACUCUGGCAUUCUAAUGAUGUUCUUGCAUUCAGUUAUAAUAUUAACUCAAAGAAGUAAGAAAUUGAAUUGGUCUGAAGUAAUAAAGCCAUAUCAGAGAUUUAGCCGGUUGUGUCAUAUGACAUGCGUGUUACAUUCUCUUAAAUUUGAACAUUUGUUUGUAAUUUUCUUCAUUAGAUGGCUGUAGACUGAAAUGAAAUUGUUAGAUGAAAAAUUGAACUCCCUACGUUUAUACUGAUAACUUUAAAAAUAUACCCCCAAGCAAAAGUCACCAGAUUAAUGAAUGACUGUUACUUUUGAUGCAAGAAUAUAAGUAUUGUACAAAAAGGUGUUCAGAUUAUGAGUGUGGUGGUGAGAAAUUACAUAUUUUAGUGACUUGUCUCUUUUAAAGAAUAUUAAUUUGAGAGCCUGAUAUGGAGGACAGGUUUCUAACCACUGGUCUAGACAGACGUGUCAUACAGCAAGUGCAUUUUACAACUGACACUGCUGUCACAGUCUGUCUCAGGAUCAUGGCUAGGUCCUAAGGCACAAGCCUUUGCCUUCAUUUAACUCUACACAGUUGGUAAUACCAGUACAUUUUUCCUGAUCAUUCACAGUGAUCCCAGGUAGAUGAUCUUUAGCCUGUGCUAAAGCAGGAGUGGGAAGUUUAUUUUCUUGGGGCCUAAUUUACAUAGAAGGUUGUCUAUAAGCAUGACACUCAUUGUUUGAGAGCUACGUAAAAGGCACUCACUUUAUCUGUGAGAUGGCAUAUGAUAUGAUUUUACAUGUUUCUCAAAUUAAAUUAAGCACUAGGAAGAAGAAAAUAUAAUGUUUUGUUCAUAGCUGUAAUUUUCUGGGUAUCUGCGUUUUGAAGUUCAGGGUUGAUACAUCAAGUAACAACAAAAAUUUAACUUACACAAAAAAUUAUAGAUUAAUGAAAUGUUAACCCUUUCAGUAUUUUUGUGUGUUUGAAUCCAGCAAUUGUCAUUUUUGUUGAAAAUUUGAACAAUACAAAUAUCUUCCAGUAUAAUGAUGAAGGGAAUAGGGCCAACUCUCAAAACACCUGUAUACUGAAUUAAAUGUACCUGAGACCAUGGGCAGUGUCAAACUUAAUUGUGGUGUAGUGAAUCAACAUUUUGGUCGUGAUGUUUUUGAAAAUCAAGUAUUGGGUACACUACUUUGAGUUACUAUUGAUUCCAGAUGGAGGAAUAUCACUUUCUUAGAUGCUAGAAUGCUGACGGCACAACACAGUUACUGACACGACCAUCCAUUUUGCCAGUGGAAAUAAUCCUGGUUGAUUGAGUGGCAGAUUGGUCAUAUGAACAUGACUUGUUAUUGUGAGAAAGUACCAAAGUAAGACUUUACUAUGAAGUUGUUAAUUGGAUGGUCCCUCCUAUGCAGCAUACUAUAAUCGCCCCUCAAAACAUGUGAAGGUAUAUUUCUACCUGAAAUCAUAGUAUAUACAACAAUAUUAAUCUUUGUUAAAAAUUUGGGAUGAUAUUUUUGCAAGAAGUAUGUAUGGCAUCAUUAUAUCCAUGUGCAUGUCUGGACCUCCUUUAUAACUUUUUAACCAGUUUUGAUGAUGCCAAACAGAAUAGUUGAGCCUAAUACACAUGUACCUUUGGCUGGAUUUUCCCAAUUUCAGCAAUAGCAAGAAGUCUAAUAAUAUCUUUUCAGCUAAUUUUCUUUCACUUUGCCGUACAAAUUCAAAUAUUCGCAGAACAUGAAGUAUGAGAAUAUUUUGGGUUUGGUAAAGAACAGAAAUAUGCAAACUGAAAACAAGUGUUGCCCUGAGGACACAAAUUUUAUUCUACCGUAUCUUUAAAUAGAAUUACCUGAACAGACUUUUACUUUGAUAAUUUUGUUGAGGGACUAUCCACCACAAGGUGUUUUCUUUCAACAGUGAUCUAUUCAGUGAAGGACUUGCUUCACCGAAAUACACAGAUCUCAUUGUAGUUAGCUGUUAGUUAUGAUCAUUCACCAGUUAUGACUAUUAUCUCUCCCAAGAUGUAUAGAAAUGAUUUAUUGUAAAGUUUCUUGGCAGCAGAGCAGUUACCACAUAGCCAAACUUCACCUCUGAGUGCAAAAUUAGCCAGCAUAUUUUAAAUAUGGUAAUAUGUAACACUUAUUUUAACAAACAUUUCUGGGGUGACUUCAUUAAAGUUUGGUAGUAGGAGAAUAGUGAUUUGUUUCAUUGCAAUGAGUUGUUAUUGACUGAGACUAUACAUUUCAUCAGACAUUAACUGUAUGAACAAGUUGCACUUAUACCUGAUUUACAUUAAUCUGGGAAACUGGGAUAGUGGCUAUCCUGAGUCCCCCUCCCUUCCUUGCAGGUGAAUGAUGGUAGAGGUGAUCCCACAAGAGCUUCUUAAAGUGUGACAGGCUCUACAGGUGAGGUUGAAAGCACGGAUGAAAUGGAAACUGAAGUGCUGCUUGUACUCCUCAUGAUAAUAGAAUAAAACCACAGACAUGCGAAAACACAAAUAGCUGAAGUGCAUAAAAUGAGAGUAACCUCUACUGUAACCCUUUCUCUGUUUACAGCAUUAUUCGAUGCUGAGAGUGCACACUUCUUUCCCAUGCAUUAUGACAUCUUUAACGCAGUAUUGGAAUGAUGAGAACUUGAGAUUGAGAUACAUUUAAAUGUUGAAGUUUUUUGAUAGGAUUUAAUCGCUGUUGACUGAAAAAUUAAUACAAAUAUUUUGUUGUAAUGGCCUGCAGGUAUUGCCCAGAGUUCUAUAGAAAUGGUUGAAAGUAGGCCAUGACUACUUCCUGCUGUAUUCAUAAUCAUCUUGCACUAGGUUUAAAUCUGAGCCCUGAAAUUAAGUAUCCUGAUGUGACAUUAUUUGUGGAUUCCCUCAAUCCUUCCAGGCAAAUGCUUUGAUAACACCUUAAAAUAAAGCAUUACUACUUCUUUCCAUAUUGCUUCCAAUUCAUCUUUCACAAUAAUGCUAUUGAUGGAUGCUGUGUAACCUAUGCAUUGGAAAAAUUCUGUUAAUUAACCAAUGAACCAUUCAUUUAUCAUGCUCCAGCAUUUCAUUUGACAGUACAUAAUAGUGUUAUAAAGUGAUGAUAUACACUAAAUACAAAAUCAUCUCGUACCCAGAGGAUAUUGAUGUUGCCUAUAAGUUUAUAUCUGUAUAAUGUUCCCAUGGUAGGUGGUCUGCUCGUAGUAACUGCUUGUGAUGACUGACUCUGUCCAGCUUACCUGUACUGCAGAGUUCUUGAAACUUCUGCCACUGGAAAGUCCAAAGAAAUAUCACUCUUAUGGAUAUGUGGCCUCUUUACAGAACUGUGCAUGAAUUUGUUUUUUUAUUAACAAGGUUACUAAUUUACAACAUUAAUAACAAAAUAUUUUAUUCCAGUUAGACUUUCUAUGCAAAUCAAACUCACACACAUUCAGUCACUAAAAACACACUACAUACACUUAUAAAUGAGAAAGAGAUACUGAAACUUGCUUUUGAAACUGCAGCCAUCCAUUUUUGCUCACAUUUACUAAUUCUUGAGCUAUGCAAUGCUUUGAAUGAAUUCAGCUUAUAAGCAUCAUUAAAAAACUGGUUUUAGUCAUUCUUAAAACUCUUGUAUAUUUUUCUGUCUUCUGUAAUAUAAUAAAAAAUCUGGGGGCUUAAAUAAUUGAAACUUUUGGUCUGUCUAAUUUGUUCUCUUAAAUCUUACAAUCCCAUUUUGCUAAUAGAUUGUUUUUUAUUAUAAAGUUGUCAGUUGGAACUACUUAUUCCUUCAAAGGUUUAUAAUCUAUUGCAUAUGGUGUAAUGUAACAAUUGUAUUGCUUGCAGCAUUUCUGAUAAUUGAAAUGGUUUUUAAGUCAUUGUCAUAUUGAAUAGUCAGUUUAUUUUCUAACUGAAGUUGAAUGUGGCUUAGCACAAAUAAAAUGGAAAUCAGAAAUGUGUGAAUUUGGUGUCUUGUACAAGGAUUUAUCUGUUUACAGCUAUGAAGAACUGUUUUUAGGCUGUUUGAGCUAUGUUUAUUAAAGAUGAAGCGACGUGGUGUGAAGUAUAGACAGUUUGCACAGCUAUGCUUUUAAACUUUCUAAUACCAUGUGCUGGUGAUAUUUUUCAUCUUUAUAAGAUCUUAUAUACAUUUCUGAUUCAUAAGACAGUUACUAAUGUUUAUAAGUGUUGAAAUGAAGGUGUUGACCAGUUUGUGAAUGAUGUUCUACAGACUUCAUUUAUAUAACAUGGUUUCUUAUGUUAUAAAUAAUGGAACAGGCAGAACAAGAAUGCAGCAAUGGGUUUCA